GAGUGAGUCUGUACCUGUGUGCUGUCGUCCUGCUGCAGCGUCUGUGAUGAGGAGAGCCGGUGAAAUGUGAUGAGGAUUUUAUUGAGUUUUCUGGGCAGUUUUGUUCUGAGGGAAGAAGAAGCGACAGAAGUGAACUGAGAACAGAGAAGAGCAGCAAACAGGGUUUUUCAAUGCCUCACCAUCCCAGCAUGUGGUAAUCUUCUCAGACAAACCAGAAAGAUAGUGAACGACACUUGAAGUGGUUCACCUCGUCAACAAUCCACCUGCACCAGCUGCUCAAAUGGCCCACCCUUAUGAGCCCUGGUUAAGGACAGCACCACCAAGUGGAAGUUCAGAGGACAUGAACAUCCCCUCCUGGUGGGACCUCCACAGAGAUGUCCAAGCAGGGAGCUGGAUAGACCUGCAGACGGCUCAGGGUGUUGGUCUACCGCCAGUGAGUCCAGGGACUUCCAUGGGGUUGCAGUCCUCUUUAGGUCCCUACGGCUCUGACCCACAGCUGUGCGCCUUGCCUUCAGCUCAGCACGUUCAACCCUCACACUCACCUCACCUCUUCCCCCAGGAUGGCUUUAAGAUGGAGCCACUGGCCCCAGAAAUGCUGCAGCAAGAGCCAUUUUCCCUGGAGGAGCCACAGGAGACAUCUGUCUCUGCCCGUCCGAAGCCCCAACGCCGCUCCUCUUCCAGAGGUGCUGGUCAGGCUGUGUGUCGGUGCCCUAACUGCGUCCAUGCUGAGCAAAUGGGCCAGAGCACAGAAGACAGCAGGAGGAAGCACAUGCACAACUGCCAUAUUCCCGGCUGUGGCAAAGCCUACGCUAAGACCUCCCAUUUGAAGGCGCACCUGAGAUGGCACAGCGGGGACAGGCCGUUUGUCUGCAACUGGCUCUUCUGCGGCAAGAGAUUCACGCGCUCUGAUGAACUUCAGCGCCACCUGCAGACGCACACUGGAGCCAAGAAGUUCAGCUGCGCACUAUGCCCCAGAGUCUUCAUGCGCAAUGACCAUCUGGCCAAGCACAUGCGCACGCACGAGUCACCGCCAGGACACGGGGACGAGAGAGUGAACGGAGACGGCAGGAUCGAUAAGGGCUUCGACGCAUCCUCGACAUCGCAGUCGUCUUCAAAUGUGUCUGACACCACAGAGCCACAGAUGAAGCUGAAAUGUGAGACAGAUCCAUCAGUCUCCAGUGUGACCGGGCAGUCCGGCUAAUUUCAUCAGUCACAGGUUUUACCAUCUGUUGCCUCUCUCUGUCAUUGAGGUGUCAUAGAUUUACGAUAGAAUAGAGAAGAAAGAAGAAAAGUUAGGAGUUCUUCUGAUGAAAGCUGGAUUUCCUGUGAAAUGAACAGCUGUGUCAUAACGCAGAGAGAAAGCAUGAGUUUUACUGGCGGAUUCAAACUUUCCUCUGUCUUUACUAAAGGUGAAAAACGUCAAAGCAGGCGACCUAGCUGAAGCCGCCUCACAUUUAACUGCUGCUAGAUCGACAGUCCAAAUGAAGGUGGCUCGUUCAGCUGUUUACAGUGAAAUCAUUUAUACGUGGUACUGGAAGAGUUUCAAAGGUUACAUGCCUUUUAAGUGAGACAGCAGAGAGUGAGAAUAAUUUCUUUUUGUUUCAGACUAUCACCUUGCUAUUAGUGCAGACUACUGUGCAAUUUGUGAUGAGACACUGGAGAAUAAUUACAGCAUUUUCUAUUUUUUUGUUUUUUAAAGGUCAGAUGUUGUUUACAAGCUUAACAGAACACAGGGCCACUGAAUUGGGUGUGUGUGUGUGUGUGUGUGUGUGUGUGUGUUUGUGUUCUCGUAUGUAAGUAAUUGAAAGGGUACAUGAACAAAGAGAGCGAUGCUGUGCUGUGGCAUCUGCCACGCACCACUGACUGCUAAUAUUAAUGUGAUGACAAUAUAAUAUAAUAUAAUAUAAUAUAAUAUAAUAUAAGACGGUAGCUCAGUUCCGGUCAGGUGAGAAAAGAGGAGGAAACGCUGCCUGGCUAAAUGAAUCCUGGUUUCUGUUGGGACACGCUGAUGACAGCCGCCAUAUCUGGUGUAAACACAGUUCCAGAGAUCCACCCUGUCAACAUAUGUCAAGCAGCUGGCGUUGAUUGAAACUUCCAGCAUAAAAGCAGAGCUCUGUGACAUCAUUGGUCCCCGGGAACAUACGCAGUCCCAAUAUUUAAUGAGAUUUUUGUUAAAAGCAAUGGAUCAAAGCACUGUGUAAUGUGAAAGAUGUUGUGUCAGAUCGUUAUCAUCUGACCCUACAUUUCCCCUUCAGUUGCACUUUGAGCAGAUUUGAGCCCAUUGUUGUGGUUUUCUAGCUAUUUUUUUUUUUUGGUUAAGAAUCACUCCUCAUAUCCAACCCUGUUUCCAGCAGCAAGUACCUAGUGAUAAAGCCACCGUAGGCUAUCAAGCCAGCAAAAAACUGCAGAGUGACAAAGUUAAUGAAAAUCAUUUGUUGUUUCUGCUGGUUCCAUCAUUAAGUAACUGUUUGUAUUGGAGGUAAUAAACGUGUCCUACUGCCCCAAUGUGGCACAAAAGUGCAUUAUAUUGGUGGUGGGUGGUAUAAUAGUGGCUUUAUACAGUUUUCCCCGAAUAUUUUCAUCUUGAUACCUCUGCAGUCGAGCUAUAGUCCCGCUCUUUUAGCACUGUGGUUCUCAAACUGUGGUACAUGUACCACCAGUGGUACACACACUUCCUCUGGUAGGUACUUGGAGAAAUGUCAGAAAUACUGUUCUACUGUAAAUACCAGGACACGUGAGCGCGUAGAAAAUGAAACAACUAAUAAUAAUGAAUAAUAAUAAUUAGAGUCACCUUAUCUCUUGCUCCAUCUUAAUCUAAUUUCACUACACCAGUGUGUGAAGUAUAUGUGAGGAAGAGGAGGAGGACGAUGAGAGUGCAAAUGGGAAUAAAUCUGCCUCCAGUGAAAAGUUUGUCGCUGACUUUUGCUCAGCCUACUUACACCACACUUUAACGUUGGCAGUAAUGGUGUUACUUCAAGAGCUCAAUAUUUUCUCAGGUGGUACUUGGUAUAAAAGGUUUGAGAACCACUGUUAGCACGUUUUUAUUGCCAUGUGUCUCAAACUUAACUCUGAUAAAUCAUCUUACUUAGCGGUCCAGCAUGAAAUAAAACCGAAAAUGAGUGACACAUACGGUUUGUCUGGAUAAUUAACCUUUAUAAUCAGUACUGUAUGAUCAGUAGUUCUGUAGUAAGCAGUGUAAGCAGCUGUACACUCUAAAAACACUGUUAGGAUGCAUAUAAACCAAGUUAGGCUGAGAUUUCUAUACUGUAUAUUAGGGAGCCGACAUUAUUGUUGGACCACGAUUACUGCAUUCAUGUAUAGAUGAUAAUAAAUGGACGCUAGUGCUUAAAUAUCAGUCAAUUAUUGCAUAAUUACUAUUAUAAUAUUAUUAGUAUUAUUAUUUUUUGUUGACCUUAUUAUAGAUUUGUGAGACUUUUGUUAUGGUCAGUAGAACAAAAUGGACAUGUUUUUAAAUUGGUCAUUGUAGUAAGUUACUUUAGUUGUGGAGACUGUAAUAAAUUCAAAAUGUUUAAUAAGUUAUGUAUCAUGGUGUAGUAACUUGUAUUUAAUCUAUUAUUGUCCGCUAUGAAAUAAAAAUAUAUAUAUAUAUA